AUGGCAGAAAAUACGCCGGUGGCCAGUAGUGGAAGCAAAGUCACGUUCAAAAUCACUCUCACAAGUGAUCCGAAGCUGCCGUUUAAAGUGUUGGUUUUUAGAUGUUUUCUUUCAAUCAAUUUCGUACCUAAUGCUUAUGACGUAAUGAAAGCCACACAAUUGUUGACGUUUUCAAUGGCAGCAAUAAUCAGCAUUUUCAGCCUAUCAGUUCCUGAAGCUACGCCCUUUACCGCUGUGCUUAAGUUCGCCGCAGAGGAAUUCAAGGUGCCGGCAGCAACUUCUGCAAUUAUCACAAAUGACGGAGUCGGAAUUAAUCCUUCACAGACUGCCGGGAAUAUUUUCUUGAAACAUGGAAGUGAGCUGCGAUUGAUUCCUCGAGAUCGUUUGAGUCCGUCACAAAAACAGUUCAUCAUAAAGACAGUCAACGUCUCAACGUUCGCAUUCCAAUGGGGAUUCGUUCCAUUCGUCGUGUAUCUCGGUUUUAGGAAAGGUCCUGAACCACUACCAAAUGGACAGGUGGGUAACUACAUCAUCUGUCCUUCCAAUGUAUGA